AUGGCUGCUACACCUACCAGAUUCCCCAAUGCUACGCGGCGCAUCGCCUGCGUGACCGGCGCUUCCUCGGGGAUUGGGAGGGCGUGUGCGGUCGCUCUGGCGAGGGAAGGAUGGACAGUCGUUAUCUCGGCGAGGAGGGCUGCAGACCUCGACGAGACCGUGCGACUGGCGAAGGAGACCCGGCAGGCGGCGGAAGUGCGACCUUUCCCGGGUGAUUUGGGCAAGCCGGAGGAUGUCGACGCUCUCUUCGACUUUAUCCGGCGAGAAUACGGCCGCCUAGACUUGCUCUUCAACAAUGCCGGCCGGAGUGUCGCACCUGUACCGCUCGAAGAAGUCUCGCUCGAGGAUUUUCAGUCCAUCGUCGGCGUCAACCUCGUUGCGCCCUUCCUCGCGACCCAGCACGCCUUCCGGAUCAUGAAGAACCAGACGCCUCAAGGCGGGCGCAUCAUCAACAACGGCUCCAUCUCAGCUCACACGCCUCGACCCUUCUCUGCGCCGUACACCAUGACCAAGCACGCCAUCACUGGCUUGACGAAGUCUGCGGCGCUCGACGGCAGGGCGUACAACAUUGCAUGCUCGCAGAUUGACAUCGGCAACGCCGAGUCCGCUAUGGUUGGAGCAAUGAAGCCAGGCGGAAGUCUUCAGCCCAAUGGCGAGCGGAUUCAAGAACCAGUCAUGCCGGUCGAGCAUGUCGCGGACGCUAUCGUACACAUGGCGAGUUUGCCGCUCAACGUCAACAUCCUGAACCAAGUGCGUUCUACGCCCCUUUCUUCCCCUUUGUCCUCGAAACCCACGCUCUCCUCUCCUUGCAAACCAUCAUGGCGACGACGAUGCCGUUCGUCGGGCGCGGCUAGUCGCGCAAGGCGCUGCCUCGUAUGUAACCGCCGCCUGGCGGUUGCAGGGAUGUAA